GUUUUAGAUGCUCGGUCUCUCUUCUUUCCCAACAGCAGCAAGCAUGUCGUCCGACGUUCAGUGGAUGGUUAUCCGCAACAACAGCUCCUUCCUCCUCAAGAAGGCUGGUGUCACCUUCUCGACCGAGGCCGGCAACCUGACUGGCAAGAACUCGUUCAAGGCUAACGGCCUCGUCAACAAGCGAUCGGUCGGCGUCAAGGCUGCCGCUGACGGCAAGGGCGUUGUUGUCACCCUCCGCAACGACAAGAAGUCCUUCAAGCCCACCAAGGCCACCCGCUCGGUCACCCUCAAGAAGGGCUCGCGCGCUGCCCUCGCCACCGUCAAGGCCCUCACCGAAGGCCAGAACUACCGUGCCGACCUCACCCACGACGCUCUCCGCCUCACCUCGGCUCUUUUCCAGUCCCAAAAGACCCGCAAGACUGCUGGCGUCAAGAAGGCCCGCUCCCGCAAGGUUGCCAAGAACUAAGAUGGCACCAUGAUGGCGGGAAGGAAAAACAGGAACAAAGUGCUCUUUUUGUUUUCUUUUUUUCUCCCCGUUGAUGUUUCUUAGCUGCGUCCCACACACAUUUCCUCUCUGUCUUUCUAAAACUGCUUGUCUUCUGGACCUGUCAAGUAUUUGUUAGAGAACGGUAUAAACAAAUAAACCACAAAAAAAAAAAAACCCCCAAUCCCCAGCACAACAGCCACCCUU